AUGCGUCGCCUCUUUGCUGCCUCUGGCACUUCGGUCGUCGCAGCGAGCUCUGCGGCGGCCAGGAGGCAUGGCAGCGUUCAACCGAGCGAGUUCGUAUUCGCACCCGUCCCCGGCGAGGAAGAGGCGACGCGCAACGGCGUCAAGAUGAACUUGUUCCAGGCGGUCAACUCGGGUCUUGAUCACGCACUGUCCAAAGAGAGGACGGUACUUCUCGGCGAAGACGUCGCGUUCGGGGGCGUUUUUCGUUGCACGCUUGAUCUGCGCAAGAAGCAUGGUCCGCAGAGGGUAUUCGACUCGCCGCUAACGGAGCAGGGCAUUGUCGGCUUUGCGGUAGGCAUGGCUGCCGUCGGCUGGCACCCCAUCGCCGAGGUACAGUUCGCCGACUACAUCUUUCCAGCCUUUGACCAGAUUGUAAACGAAGCUGCCAAGUACCGCUUUCGAACGGGCGGCAGCUUUCACUGUGGCAUGCUGAUUCGCGCCCCGUGCUCUGCGGUAGGCCAUGGUGGCAUUUAUCACUCACAGAGUGUUGAGAGCUACUUUACUCACUGCCCUGGAUUGAAGAUCGUCAUGCCGUCAUCCCCGUCGGAGGCAAAGGGUCUGCUGCUGAAAUGUGUCGAGGAGAAUGACCCCUGCAUCUUCUUUGAGCCCAAGAUUCUCUACCGCAGUGCAGUAGAGGAGGUGAACCCGGACUACUACACACUGCCGCUGGGCAAGGGCCGAGUUCUAGUAGAGGGGCGUGACGUGACCAUGGUUACCUACGGUUCUCAAGUGUACGUGGCGGCCAAGGCGGCAGAGAUGGCGCGCAAGGAGGGCAUCUCCGUAGAACUCAUUGACCUUCGCAGCUUGUUGCCGUGGGACCGUCAGCUGGUGGCGGACUCGGUGAAGAAGACGGGUAAGGUGAUUGUCACGCAUGAGGCGCCAAAGACGAGCGGGUACGGUGCCGAGUUGGUGUCCAGCGUAACAGAGGACUGCUUCCUCUCACUCGAGGCCCCGCCGAUGCGCGUGUGCGGCUUGGACACGCCUUUUCCUUUGCACGAGCGCCUCUACCUACCGAACGAGCUGAAACUGUUGGACGCUAUCAAGUCCGUGGUGCACUUCUGA